GCGCCGUCAGUCACCGCCGCCGCGCUCCAGCGAGGACGAGCCUCUGGCCCUGGCGGCCCCAGUUUCCCGACCCCGGAAGGCGGCGCCGGCGGCACAGAGCCCCUGCGCUGCCCGAGUUUGGCGCAGGGACCAGCUUCCCGGGCCCGGGCGUGAGAACACGGCCUGGGACCCCGCUUUGCCCCUCGGCCUCGGAGCAGCGAGCACAGAGCCGCACCCGAAGAGCCUGUGGUAGCAGUUCAGGAUGGGAAACCACGUGGGGAAGCGCGAGCCGCACGCCGAGAAGGCCGGCACGGAUGCUGAAACUAACAGAGGAGACUCUGAAAAAAAGAGAAACCUCAGCGAACUUUCCCAAGCGGCCUCGGAAGACAGCGACGUGUUCGGAGAGGCAGAUGCGAACCAGAACAAUGGGACCUCCUCUAGGGACACAGCGGUGACAGACUCCAAGAGCACAGCGGACCCAAAGAAUGCCUGGCAGGACGCCCACCCAGCUGACCCGGGGAGCCGCCCCCACUUGGUCCGCCUCUUUUCCCGAGAUGCCCCGGGGAGGGAGGACAACACCUUCAAAGACAGGCCCUCCGAGUCUGACGAGCUCCAGACCAUCCAAGAAGACAGUGCAGCCGUGUCCGAGGGCCUGGAUGUGAUGGCGUCACAGAAGAGACCCUCCCAGAGGCACGGGUCCAAGUACCUGGCCACAGCAAGCACCGUGGACCAUGCCCGGCUUGGCUUCCUCCCGCGGCACAGAGACACGGGCUUUCUUGACUCCAUCGGGCGCUUCUUUGGCGGUGACAGGGGUGCACCCAAGCGGGGCUCUGGCAAGGUACCUUGGCUAAAGCAGAGCCGGAGCCCUCUGGCCCCUUAUGCCGGCAGCCGGCCUGGGCUGUGCAACAUGUACCAGGACUCACACCACGCGGCCAGAACCACCCACUACGGCUCCCUGCCCCAGAAGUCCCAGCACGGCCGGGCCCAAGAGGAAAACCCCGUAGUCCACUUCUUCAAGAACAUUGUGACACCUCGCACGCCUCCUCCAUCGCAAGGAAAGGGGAGAGGACUGUCGCUCAGCAGAUUCAGCUGGGGGGCCGAAGGGCAGAGGCCAGGAUUUGGCUACGGCGGCAGAGCGUCCGACUAUAAAUCAACCCACAAGGGAUUCAAGGGGGCCCACGACGCCCAGGGCACGCUGUCCAAGAUCUUUAAACUGGGAGGAAGAGACAGUCGCUCUGGAUCCCCCAUGGCCAGACGCUGAGCCCAUCUUGUUCCAGAUCCUGCCCUCUGCUUCUAGACAUAACUGCCUUAAAACGUUACUACCCGCACAUGGAUUAGCUAGUUAGAGCACAUGACCUCCCCCUAACUCCUGUUGAGUUGUGCGCACAGCAGGGUCAGGCACACGGCGUCCCACUAGCAAUUUCUGGCCAAAAGUUAAAUGGAGAAAAAGAAAACAGAAAAUGAUUAAAACAGUCACUUCACGUCUGAGGAGUGCAUUUCCCGGGAGUGCCCACUCCCCAACACGCGCCCCCAGCAGCACACGGCUCCCCCAGGUCCGCGUGCACGGAUGCCCCCCAGGCUCACCCCUCCAUCCUUGGACUUGCUUUUCGCCGUGACCGCAGCCCCCCGAGCUUCCGCCGAGCACUGCCAUGGACGCACACCGCUGUAGGGACAGAGAACGCGACGGGCGGGAGGACUGUUGUGAUCCAGGCUUCUUCGGUUUUCUUUUCCGACCCUUCUCUCACCUCCUAAAGUGUAUUUAUUUCUCCUAACAGGAUUAGACAGUCAAGGAGUGGCUUACUACCGUGGGAGCUUUUGGUAUGUGAAACGCGGGCCCGGGCGGCUGGUAGAGUCCAACGUGGGCAGCACAGAGAGGGGGGCGCGCCUCCAGGCCGCGGCUGCCCACACCCCACUUAGCUGAAUUCGUGCGUGGCAGAGAGAGGACAGGUGGCAAGCGCGGGCUGGGCACUGGCCUCAUACAGGAAACGGGGCCUGCUUGGAAACUGGGUGACGGAGACG